AUGGAGGAACUGGUGGGGCUGUGUGAGGGCUCCUCAGGGAAGCCAGUGACUCUGCCAGAGCUGUGGGGUCCAUGUCCACGCAUCCGCCGAAGCAUCCGAGGGGGCCUGGAGUGGCUGAAACAGCGGUUGUUCCACGUGGGUGAGGAUUGGUAUUUCCUGAUGGUCCUUGGGGUGCUCAUGGCUCUGAUCAGCUACACCAUGAACUUCGUUGUUGGACGUGUGGUUAGAGCACACGAAUGGCUGUACAGGGAGCUUGGGGACGGCCAUCUGCUCCCGUAUCUCUCCUGGACUGUGUACCCCGUGGCCCUCCUGUCCUUCUCCUCUGGUUUCUCACAGAGCAUCAUACCAUCCUCUGGAGGGUCUGGGGUCCCAGAGGUGAAGACCAUCUUGUCUGGUGUGAUCUUGGAGGACUAUCUGGACAUCAAGAACUUCGGGGCCAAGGUGGUGGGCCUUUCCUGCACCCUGGCAACGGGAAGCACCAUCUUCCUGGGAAAAUUGGGCCCCUUCGUACAUCUGAGUGUGAUGAUAGCUGCCUAUCUGGGAUGCGUGCGCACCAAGACCAUAGGAGACGCUAAGAACAAGACCAAGGAAAUGGAAAUGCUGGCAGCAGGGGCAGCAGUGGGUGUGGCCACAGUCUUUGCAGCCCCUUUCAGUGGUGUCCUGUUCAGCAUUGAGGUUAUGUCGUCCCACUUCUCCGUCUGGGAUUACUGGAGGGGCUUCUUCGCGGCCACCUGUGGGGCCUUCACAUUCUGUCUCCUGGCUGUCUUCAGCAAUGAGGCGGAGACCAUCACUACCAUCUACAAGACCAGUUUUCGGGUGGACAUACCCUUCGACUUGCCCGAGAUCUUCUUUUUUGUAGCCCUAGGGGCUAUAUGUGGCAUCAUGAGUUGCAUUUAUAACUUCUGCCAGCGGACUUUCUUAUUCUUCCUCAAGACCAAUGGGUUCACCUCCAAACUGCUGGCUACCAGCAAGCCCUUGUAUUCGGCUCUGGCUGCUCUGGUCCUGGCCUCUAUCACUUACCCACCUGGUGUGGGCCGCUUCAUGGCUUCCCGGCUGUCCAUGAAGGAGCAUUUGGACACCCUGUUUGACAACAACUCAUGGGCACUGAUGACCCGGAACUCAUCCCCACCCUGGCCCAUGGAGCCUGACCCUCAGAAUCUCUGGUUUGAAUGGUAUCACCCACGGUUCACCAUCUUUGGGACACUGGCCUUCUUCCUGGUCAUGAAGUUCUGGAUGCUGAUUCUAGCUACCACCAUCCCCAUACCUGCUGGGUACUUCAUGCCCAUAUUUAUCUAUGGAGCUGUCAUCGGACGCCUUUUGGGAGAAAUCCUAUCUAUCAUCUUUCCUGAGGGCAUCGUGGCUGGAGACCAAGUCAACCCCAUCAUGCCUGGGGCCUAUGCUCUGGCAGGGGCUGCGGCCUUCUCAGGGGCAGUGACCUACUCCAUCUCUACGGCUCUGCUGGUCUUUGAAAUGACUGGCCAGAUCGUUCAUGCUCUACCUGUGCUAAUGGCAGUGCUUGUGGCCAAUGCCAUCAGUCAGAGCUGUCAGCCCUCCUUCUACGAAGGCACCAUCAUUGUCAAGAAACUGCCGUACCUGCCAUGGAUUCGUGGCCGCAAGCUUGGCUCCUACCCUGUGACGGUGGAACACUUCAUGAACCGAACUAUCACCACACUGGCCAAAGACACACCAUUGGAGGAGGUGAUCAAGGUCGUGACCUCCACAGAUGUGGCCCAGUACCCCCUAGUGGAGAGUACAGAGUCUCAGACCCUGGUGGGCACUGUAGAAAGGACCCACUUGGUACAGGCCCUCCAGACUGAGCCAGCUCCCUGGACUCCAGGCCAACAGCCUUGUCUCCAAGACAUCUUGGCUGGUGGCUGCCCUGCACAGCCAGUGACCCUGCAGCUGUCCCCAGAGACCUCCCUGCAUGAGACACACAACCUCUUUGAGCUGCUGACCCUUCAGUUGCUGUUUGUGACAUCGCAGGGCAGAAUUGUGGGCUCCGUGUCCUGGGCAGAGUUGAAGAAAGCAAUUUCUACCCUGACCAAUCCACCCACAGCCAAGUGA